AUGGAUAUUAAAAGGUAUGUUUUCCUCCUCUCAAAGUCGUCGUCAGAGUUCUGCUUUUUUUCUCUCUCCUUGGGGGUUUCCUCUGAGAUUCUAAGUUCCCGAUGUUGUUGCUCUGAAUUGUUACCAUUUAUGUAUGGCCGUGUUGGGCCAUUCCAGGAAGCAAUAGGUCUUGAAUCGCUUCGGCCGCAGCAAUUUCGGCAAGUAACAAUGCUAACUCCAGAGAACGUCGAUGGUUUCAUGUCGUUGCUUGAGAUUCCACCUACCCAAGCAGUAGAGCUUCUCCAUUUCACUGAUUCGCGGUCAUUGUAUUUUCAAACACUGGCCGUUACCGGAAUCGGUUUAAUAUUUCUCCACCGCCGCUUCACUCGGGCAUUGACUUUUCCUUCUAACUCAGCCCUCUUGGAACGCUUCUCGGUCUCGCAAGAGAAAAUAACUCGACAAGAAGGGUGA